AAUGCUCAAUUGAGUUAGCAAAACUAGUUCUUACCCAGAUGAAUGCUCAUAUGAAUACCGAGAUGAACACUGAAAUACUUGAGCUUCUUUCAAGAAUUGUCCUCGACGCUGCAUCUCGUGGAAUCUCUGAAAUUGUCAAGUUAUGUUUCGAGCAUUUUCCAGAGUUGAUGUGGACUGAAAAUUUCAUAGAAAAAUUGAUGGAAGAAGUUGUGAAUGGACGGCAUGUGGAGCUGUUUAGACUUGUGAGCGCACACUGCGAAAUUCCACUAUUGACUGAUGAUAAGACAAGGAAAGACAUCCCAACGAGGAAAGACAUCUUGAUGAAGGCAGUAGUAGAUUGGUCACCAAGAUGUCGGCCCAAAGAUGUUUCUGGAGCACCUUUUCUUAUGCAGAGGGAGCUCCAGUGGUUUAAGGUGCUAGAAGACACGAGCCAUACUUCUUCUAAAAGUAUGAAAUUGAAGGUCAGUUCACCUUAUUACACGAUCGAUCCUGCUUCAAAAUCUAGGAGAUCGCCAAAAGAUAAUAAAACAUACUGGGAUGAUUUUGUAGAAAAACGCAAACAAUUGCUCAUAGAGGCGGGGCAAUGGAUGAAGGAUACGUCAUCAUCUUGUAGUCUCGUCUCGACUCUCAUCAUUACGGUAGCUUUUGCUGCGGCUUUUACAGCACCAGGAGGCAAUGAUGGUAGUACAGGGAUGCCGAUCUUUCUGAAAAGGGGCUCAUUCAUGGUAUUUGCAGUCGCAGAUGCUUUCGCUCUCUUCUCUUCUGUCACUGCCACCUUGAUGUUCUUGGCUAUCCUAACUUCACGUUAUGCUGCAGAAGAUUUUCUCUACUCACUACCGGAAAAAAUGAUACUGGGCCUUACUUUUCUCUUCCUCUCUUUGGCCUUUAUGCUAGUGGCAUUCAGCUCUGCUCUUACUAUAAUCCUGAGUGAACGAUUGACGUGGAUUUACAUCCCAAUUACUUUGUUGGCUGCCAUCCCCUUCGUAUUGUUUGCAAUCCUACAGCUUCCCUUGUACUUUGAAAUGGUCGAAUCCACCUAUUGGCCUCGCCUCUACCGUCCCUUGAAGCUUUGGAAAUGAUCUAUGUUAUUAUUGG